AUGACCCGUACUGAGCGUGCCGUUUACCCCAAUGUCCUUAACAAAGACCGUCAUUCCAGGUCCGGAAUGGCCAAAACCGAAGCUGGACACAAGAACGGUGCCGGGGCGCACAACUGGGGUUCCAUGGCUCAAGAGGAACAAUACAUCGCUUUAGCUUCUGCAGAUGUGGCUAAAGAAUUCGAAGAUUACCCAGGAGCUCUUCCUAUCUUGCCCAACUCGCACAAAGAUGGAAUGAUGGGAAAGAUCAAUGAGAAAAAAGGAGAUGUGGAUGUUGAUACCGAGACCGAGACAGUUGCGACUAGUCCGAGUGAUAGUAUGUCUUCUGUGUCGGAUGCAGGGGAAGGUAAAAUUGGAAAUGCAGGAAUGAGGAGGAUGAGUAAUGUUAGUGUGGAAGAAAGGGAGAAAGCUAGGGUUUAUAGGGAAGGUGUUUUGCAUCAUGCUUCGGGUUCCGUCGAUCUCGCACACAUCGCAAAGACCUCGUACGGCAUCGCUCAAGUCCAGACCGGCAUCGAAGGUUUCUCUACCUCUCCCAACAAGACCAAAGGUUAUCUUAAACAGUGA